AUGAUCCAUAAGGCGGCUCUAUUGGCGUUAGCAUGGGCUUUGAUGGGUGUACAGGGUGAAUGGCUGGCCGAGAUCCCUGAUGCACCACCUCGUUGGAAGAGCAAGCUCUUUGACAUUCCCACCUGGAUUGUGCCUAUUGAAGAUUACAAUGCGGAUUCGUUUGAUACUACCACUGUUUUCUCUGUUGUGGCUAUGGCAGGGGCAUCAGCAUACGCGAUUUAUCACACAUUUUGGAUUUAUUUGCCAUCACAACCACCUGGGCGCAAGAGUGUGGGCCGUUUUAAUCGAUUGAUUUUGGCAUACUUGAUUAGCACGCUCAUUGCUAGCUUUACGUUUGAUCUCAUGAAUGCGGGCAAGAUAUGGGCUUCCUUUGGUGUACUUCACAACUUGUUUGAAAUUGCCUUAUUAGCAGGCAUCUUUAUCCGUCGAUCGGAUGUUAGCGAUUUCUUGUUUGUGCCUAUUUGCUUCCUUUACUUGCUAGGAACAGCGUUUGCAGUGAUUUGGUUGCCAUGGCCACUGGAUGCCCUAUUCUUCAAGUAUCAAGGAUUAAGCACGGACCUUGCCUUGGGUCUUGACCUCUUCCGGCUUUAUUUCCACAACCGAAGGAUUGCAAAAAGGACCAAGAUUGUCACCUAUGUUACGGAUCCAGAGGACGACAAGGUCAACGAUGGUGAAGCCGCUGAAAAGAAGGAAAACAAGCGUCGAAUUCCUCCAGUGCAUGUUCAUAUCUUUAUUAUUGCAACAGCUGCCAUGUUGCAUUGGUUUGGCAAUGCAUUGGUAACCAUGAGCAACCAUUUUCUCAUGUGGCUCAUCUUUCAAUUUCUUUAUGCUGUUGCGUUUCCAAUGUAUGCCUACUAUGUUGUCGUUGAGCCCAAUGCCAGCAGGAUUCAUUGGUACAAGGUUGACUACUGCAAGGAAUCCCUGGUGGCAAUUGUAUCCUUGGCCACGUGUGGUAUCAUCAUUGCUAUUGGCAUUUUGAACAGUGACCACGUCUAA